ACUUAUUCUCUUUUUUCAGACUGUUUGAUAUUAAUCUACAAAAAUUUCUCGUUAAAAUCUUACAAAAGAAUCUAAACAAAAUUUUUCUAGUAACUAAAACAAUAAGGAUGCAGAGAUUGGUGGAUAAUGUUCUUGCUGUCACCAAAGAGUCAGUGAAGACAUUUACUUAUGAAUCCUUGAACAACAUCGCCAGAUUGAUAAAUGGGAUUUCAGCGCUUCUGUUGGCAAUCUUGCCAGGGAAGGCUACUAUUCUUGAAGGUAUGCAUGGAUGGGAGCUCAGGCCAAGUUUUCGUGGACCUCGGUUUCCACGGUGGAUGGAAAACGGUGUAUCCUCUUUUAAUCAGUUCAUUCAUGAACUAUCUGUGGAUUCUGAUACAUCAUCAAGCACAGAUUACACAUCUGGAGAAGAGGAUUAUGAUGAAAACAUGUAUCCUUCUACACCUUUAUCUCAUUCUUCACGUCUAUCUCGUGCUAGCAGUUACAAGUAUGAUAAACAUCAUACAAGCUGGUUUAAAUGGUUGUUUUCUUGGAUUCUGUGGCCUGUAACAUUUCUUCUGGGGAUUCCAUUUUAUCUUUAUCGUUUAGCUGGGUUAAGUGGGUCAUCAAACCCUGCAACCCUGGGAAGUCAUCACCCGUCUCCGCGCUUAAAUUCUGGCAGAAAGCCAAGCCUCUUCAAGGACCACGUUGUUCACUGCAGGAUUGAUAGAAGGCGUGGAGUUAUUGAGGACCUUCAGCUGGCCAUUGAGAUAUUUAUUGAAACAAUAUUCGACUUUGUACACAAGGCAGCACAUUGUCUCCUUUCCCCUUCAGAAGCCUUCCGUGUUUUUUAUGGAUGGUUUUCUUUUCAUGAAAGUGGGACCAGAGGCAACCCUGAUGGUAAUUUGGAUACGUCGAUUCCCACUGCUACUCUUGGAGAAAAUGACCCGUCUCCAACUGAAAGGCAAGCCACUUUUCAUCAGUCUCUAAAUACUGACGCGCGGACAUGCGAGGAUGUCAUUACAGAGCUUGGGUACCCGUACCAAGCUAUCCGUGUGGUCACUUCUGAUGGAUAUGUUCUUCUUUUGGAAAGAAUUCCAAGGCGUGACUCAAGAAAGGCUGUAUAUCUACAGCAUGGAAUACUGGACUCUUCCAUGGGGUGGGUGUCCAAUGGUGUAGUUGGCUCUCCAGCAUUUGCAGCCUUUGAUCAAGGUUAUGAUGUUUUCCUCGGCAAUUUUCGUGGUUUGGUUUCUAGAGAACAUGUUGAUAAGGGCCUUUCUUCAAGACAGUACUGGAGAUACUCCGUAAACGAGCAUGGAACCCAAGAUAUACCUGCAAUGAUAGAAAAGAUUAAUCAAGUUAAAACCCAUGAACUAAGAGCAAGUCCUGCUAUUGAAGAAGAAACAAGUGAUGAUCAGCCUCAUAGUAUUUGUGCAAUUUGCCACAGUCUGGGAGGUGCAGCGAUACUGAUGUAUGUCAUAACACGCCGAAUUGAAGAGAAACCACAUAGACUCUCAAGGUUGAUCCUCCUAUCUCCUGCAGGGUUCCAUGAAGACUCCAAUCCAGUGUUUGCAAUAGCAGAAUACUUGUUUCUCAUGAUGGCUCCCCUUUUAGCUCCCAUUAUGCCUGGAUUAUAUAUACCAACAAAGUUUUUCCGUAUGCUUUUGAACAAGUUGGCUAGAGAUUUUCAAAACUACCCUGCUCUUGGAGGCCUGGUUCAGACACUCAUGAGUUAUGUUGUUGGCGGUGACAGUUCAAACUGGGUAGGGGUGAUGAGUUUGCCCCAUUACAAUAUGAAUGAUAUGCCAGGAGUUUCAUUUUAUGUUGCUCUUCACUUGGCGCAGAUGAAACGUGCAGGAAGGUUCAUAAUGUUUGAUUAUGGGAGUGUCUCAGCCAAUAUGGAUGAAUAUGGAGCACCUGAGCCGUUGGAUCUGGGUGAAUAUUAUGAGCUUAUCGACGUGCCAGUUGAUUUGGUUGCCGGUAAGAAAGAUAGGGUUAUCCGGCCAACCAUGGUCAAAAGGCACUAUAAGUUGAUGAAGGAUUCUGCCGUCGAAGCUUCGUAUAACGAGUUUGAAUAUGCUCAUUUGGAUUUCACAUUUUCACAUCGGGAGGAACUCUUGGCUUACGUUAUGUCUCGCAUGCUUUUGGUUAACCCAUCUGAGCAACAACAUAGUCAAAAGUCAGAUAAGCUCAAGAGAAGAGAUACUAACAGAUUUACUUCCAACAUUGCUGCUGAGGCUUCAUCAUCAACCUAGGUUACGGGAAUAUCCUGAAUACAAAGGUUCCCAUUGAUGUUUUUGUUGUAUUUUACUGAAUAUUGUUGCAUAUGAGCUAGUUAUAGUGUGUACAUUUCUGUUCAUAUCCUUUCUCUUUUUUCCCUAUUCUUUUUAUAGAGGGAUGUAAGACUGCAAGAGUACUCGGAAAAGAAUACUUGUGUUUGGGUCUGUAAAACUGGUCUUCCUACUUGUGUAGGAUAAAUUUAGGUUUCAGGUGCAGGCAGGUAGUUGUUGAUAAAUUGCAUUUCUUGUACGCUAGAGAAAAUGAUCAUUCUGUAUUGGUCUUCCCGCAACUUUCUUUCUACUUGCUGGUAAUGCUGCUCCGAAGAGUUUUAACUUGCA